AGGAAAUGGCUUGUGGAGGAGGCAGGCUGCCAAUCAGCCAGUCCUACUGUGGGAGUUUAAUGAGAUCAUCGCCAUGGUCAGAUAUGAAUUAAAAUGGACUCAUUAAGCGUUACAUCCCAGAGACAGCGGCCUGAUGAUAAUAUUCACUAGCGUGGGACGACUCUUUCCGGACUAAAGCAAUCAGUUAGCCCUAGGAAGUGCUGUGGUCAUCAUCCCCUCUGGUUCAGCUGUCAGUCAGUGACUCCAAUCUCCAAUACUCAAUUACCAGGGUCUUGUUAAUUCUAGAAAAACAUUCUGAAACUGGAAGGUAUUACCUGAACACAUCUUUUCAUUGUCUGUUUCUAAAUGUUUUCCUACUGUGUGCCCUAUGGAAUAUUGAACAUAACCCUGCUCACCUGUAUAUAGGCCUACUGCCAUUCUCACACCACACGCAAAGUGUACAGAACCAAAACAUUGUCUGACACACGCGUGCACAUACACGCGCACACACACACGGAGCCAGUGUGUUGGCGUGGAGGACAUCAUGUGAGUGUUGUGCUCCUAUGAAUUACCAUACGUCAGAAGGAGCUCAUGUAAAACACACACACCCCUCUGUCCUGCCUACAUAAGAGAGGGUGGCCUUACUACACUGAACAGAAACUCACCCUAAAACAUGUGCUUUUUGAGUGCCAAGCUGAGCGGGGGUGUGUGUGUGUGUGUGUGUGUGUGUGUGUGUGUGUGUGUGUGUGUGUGUGUGUGUUUAUGUGAGCGGAUGUGUCAGCCCUACAGAGGAAAACCGGUUUCUACAUCCGACCUCCCUCUCACUUUGUGUUGCAAAACACACACACACACACACACACACUGUGUUUACUACACAUGCCAAUGAUACUAGCCGACUCGUGAACAAGGAGGUAAGUGUUACUGUACUGCUUGUGCUGUACCCUGAUAAACUACCUGCAUGCUUGAAAGCACAGGGCACAUGUCAACAUCAACAUGACAGCUAACAUACCCCCCGAGGUAGAACAGAGGAGUUUGAAGGUGGACGUGAUCUUGUGUUUUCAUGUAAACAGAAUUAUUAAGGCCUAGGUGCCAGGGGAAAAGCGAAGAGGCAUUGCACCGCUACUGUACUCCCUCCACUGCAGAAUAUAUUAUAUACUUUUCAAAAUAUGUAUAUGCAUUAAAUACAAAGUUUGUUUCCUAAUUUAUUUAUUGCCUUUUGCUGACAUGUACAGCCUGUCAAAGCAGCUAGCAAGGAUUUUAGAUGGAGCAAUACUGCCACCUACCGGUUGCCCCGCUCAUCAUCAGCUGUAGACACACCUCAAUCAUAAUGUGGACUGUUCGGCGUAUGCUGGUUUGUAUUGGAAAUAAUUUGUCUGUUUCAUUCACUAUCAUGCAAUUACUGUAGAAAUUGUACACAUACCAAAAAAUGACAAUAGCGAUUGACAUCUUGAUAGAGCUUUCAUCCUGAAAGAGACGAAUGGAUACAAUAUUUAUAUUGUCCACCGUUGACAGGAGGGAGUGGAUGGAAGGUCGGUGGUGGAAGUGCGAUGACACGAAAAUGUAGGAAUGGUGCUGUUAAGAUCAGAGAUUUGUCUCCUGAGUAUACACCUACGUCUCCUGAUUACAAACCAAAUAAUAUGACAUACAGUUGAAGUCGGAGGAUUACAUACACCUUAGCCAAAUACAUUUAAACUCAGUUUUUCACAAUUCCUGACAUUUAAUCCUAGUAAUAAUUCCCUGUUUAGGGGUCAGUUAAGAUCACCACUUUAUUUUAAGAAUGUGAAAUGUCAGAAUAAUAGUAGAGGGAAUGAUUUAUUUCAGCUUUUAUUUAUUUAUUCACAUUCCCAGUGGGUCAGAAGUUUACAUACACUCAAUUAGUAUUUGGUAGCAUUGCCUUUGAAUUGUUUAACUUGGGUCAAAUGUUUCGGGUAGCCUUCCACAAGCUUCCCACAAUAAGUUGGGUGAAUUUUGGCCAAUUCCUCCUGACAGAGCUGGUGUAACGGAGUCAGGUUUGUAGGCCUCCUUGCUCGCAUGCUUUUUCAGUUUUGCCCACAAAUGUUCUAUAGGAUUGAGGUCAGGGCUUUGUGAUGGCCACUCCAAUACCUUGACUUUGUUGUCCUUAAGCAAUUUUGCCACAACUUUGGAAGUAUGCUUGGGGUCAUUGUCCAUUUGGAAGGCCCAUUUGCGACCAAGCUUUAACUUCCUGACUUAUGUCUUGAGAUGUUGCUUCAAUAUAUCCACCUAAUUUUCCUUCCUCAUGAUGCCAUCUAUUUUGUGAAGUGUACCAGUCCCUCCUGCAGCAAAGCACCCACACAGCAUGAUGAUGCCACCCCCGUGCUUCACGGUUGGGAUGGUGUACUACGGCUUGCAAGCUACCACCUUUUUCCUCCAAACAUAACGAUGGUCAUUAUGGCCAAACAGUUCUAUUUUUGUUUCAUCAGACCAGAGGAGAUUUCUCCAAAAAGUACGAUCUUUGUGCCCAUGUGCAGUUGCAAACCAUAGUCUGGCUUUUUUAUGGCAGUUUUGGAGCAGUGGCUUCUUCCUUGCUGAGCGGCCUUUCAGGUUAUGUCAAUAUAAGACUAGUUUUACUGUGGAUAUAUAUACUUUUGUACCUGUUUCCUCCAGCAUCUUCACAAGGUCCUUUGCUGUUGUUCUGGGAUUUAUUUCCACUUUUCGCACCAAAGUACGUUCAUAUCUAGGAGACAGAACGAGUCUCCUUCCUGAGCGGUAUGACGGCUGCGUGGUCCCAUGGUGUUUAUACUUGCAUACUAUUGUUUGUACAGAUGAACGUGGUACCUUCAGGCGUUUGGAUAUUGCUCCCAAGGAUGAACCAGACUUGUGGAGGUCUACAAAAAAUGUUCUGAGGUCUUGGCUGAUUUAUUUUGAUUUUCCCAUGAUGUCAAGCAAAGAGGCACUGAGCUUGAAGGUAGGUCUUGAAAUACAUCCACAGGUACACCUCCAAUUGACUCAAAUUAUGUCAAUUAGCCUAUCAGAAGCUUCUAAAGCCAUGACAUCAUUUUCUGGAAUUUUCCAAGCUGUUUAAAGGCACAGUCAACUUAGUGUAUGUAAACUUCUGACCCACUGGAAUUGUGAUACAGUGAAUUAUAAGUGAAAUAAUCUGUCUGUAAAUAAUUGUUAGAAAAAGUACUUGUGUCAUGCACAAAGUAGAUGUCCUAACCGACUUGCCAAAACUAUAGUGGUUGAAAAACGAGUUUUAAUGACUCCAACCUAAGUGUAUGUAAACUUCCGACUUCAACUGUAUAGGUCUUCAUGCUCUCUUUAGAAGUGGAGUCAGACGGCAGUGGUGGGCGCUCUGAGGUUGAGCCAGUCCAGGAUGAAGUGGGCCUACCUGUGGUGACAGGUGUAGUGGAGACUUUCAACGUUUGCCCUGAAAAUCCUACCAGAGAUGAUUUUGGACCGGUAGGAGUGAGAUUUUUGGAAAUAGUGGAUUACUGCUUUUUGGCCUACCCGUACUUUGUGUUGGGUUCGGUAAAGGACAAACUGGGAAUGGUUACAUCUGUGAAAGUUUCGAGAAGUAGAAUUGUUUCGAUUUUUUUGUGUAUCCGCCUCCCAGAGGAAGUGGGCGCUUCGAGUCACGUGGCUCGGGGCUCAAUCUGUGGUGUGCUUUGCUCUCCGAAGCAGGGUGCCGCUAAAAGGGGUGAUCAGCGGGGUAGCAUUGAGUGUAGAGUUUUAUCAAAUUAAAAGGAAUAUUCCUAGUGUUUGUGAUGCCCGUCGUUUGGUGAGACGUAGAACCGGUGGCAAUGGUGAGACUGAGAAUACCCUAUCUGUCUUGUUGAUCUUUGACACAGAGUUUCUUCCUGAUAAGGUCAGGUUAGGUUAUAUCUGCUACUAUUCUGUGAGGGCCUAUGUUCCAAACCCACUUCGGUGCUUUAGGUGCCAAGGAUUCGGACAUGGCAGUGUGUAGAAGGGAGAUCCCACAAUGUGAGAAGUGUCCAGGAGGGCAUAGUCAGAGGGAGUGUACAGCUGGUAUAGAGAAAGCACCUGUGUGCCAACUGUGAGGGCGACAGUGCAGCUGGGGAACCAAAGUGCCCUGUGAGAGAGAUAGGUUGAGCCAGUGUUUGUGGGACAGAAAGUUUCCUAAGCUGAGGCAAUGAAGAGAGUAGAGGAUAGGCCAAGGGUGAGUGAGUCGACUGGGAGGCUCCCAGUGAGUAGGCAUGAAGAGAGAGAGCCAGAGAGGAUGAAUUUUAGUGAGGUUGGAUUUCUUGCAUUUAUCGCCAUUGGUGAUCAACUGCACUGCACUGAUGAAGCAGAAAUCACAGAAGAUAGAUGUGGUAGUUGCAGUAGCAGAGAAAUAUUUUGGUGUGAGAGAUUUUAGUGCAGAAGAUCUACAGGAAGUUUUGAGAGAAGUGGUUCCAUCCCUCCCAGGCCGACAGCCUGGUUUAGGAUUAUUUAGGGUCAAAGUAGUGGGGUGGGGGUGUUUUUUUGUGGGGGAUAGUGCAUAGGUGCAGGGCUAGAUGGUGGUGCAAUUUAAGUUUUUCGCAUUCCCCUUUUCCCUUUUUGGAGGGGUGACCAAAAUUGCCAAUCCGCACUCCGACCUGCGAAAUGCAGCAAUAUGCAACAUAGCGUCUAGUCCGCCACAUGAAGAAGAAGAAUAUUUCCGUUUCCAGCGUGGUGCAUGCGCAGAUCCUACGCAAUCUUGGUGUCCUCGACCACCGCUACCCGCUCGUCUUUUCUGUACGGCUCUGGUAGUAGUAGUAGUAGAUAAUGAUGGGAAGUUCGGCUCUUUUCUGAGAGCCGGCUCUUUUGACUCGGCUCCCAAAGAAGAGCCGGCUCUUUCGACUCCCGAACGGCUCUUUAUUUAGGAUCUUUUGUAGCCUAUAUUUUACCUUAACUUUGAAAAAAAAUCAUGGUUUAUGUGUUGAAAACCCUUUUGCUUUCAGUGUUUUUAUGAGAGACCUUAUAAUGCCUAAUUCUGUGCAUUUAUUCUGUGACAAAACCACUCUUACAUUUGUUUAUUUCAAUUAAACUUUUUUAUUGCACAAAUUAACAAUAAACUUCAAACAAAUCCACAGAACAGAAUCAAAACCAGAACCAAACUCCAGCAAACAGCAUUAGUCCUCAGGGCAGGUUGGCAUUCAGGAAGAUCAGAUGCCUCAGCUUGGAUGGGCUGAUAGGCCUGAUACGAUUUCGCCUCUCCGUGAGUAUCUGCCCUGUUUUGGAGAAGAUUCUCUCAGAAGGAACUGAUGUGGCAACAAUACAUAGUCUCCCCUCCAUCACCUUCACCAGGAGUGGAAAGACUGAGGCCUUGGCCUGCCACCAGCUCAGUGGGUCUUCUGCUCUCUGGAUGAGGGGCUCCUCAAGGUAGCUCCUCACCUCCAUUAUAGCAUCAGCUGUCGGAUUUCUCCUUGAAGCAUCUCCUGUAGCUCUGUCAUCAAAAAGCCUCCAAACAGCAGAGGUUUGCUGCUCCUCCUCCACUUGGCCCUGUAAUGGUGGAGCUGGCUGGCUGCUGGGGGUGCAUUUUGCUGCUGCUGCUGCACUAAUCCUCUGAAGAGCUUCAUCAACAGCUCUACGAUCACUGAAGGCAAGUUUUUUAAACCUUGGAUCCAAUAAGGUAGUUUCUGAAAGGACAGUGUUGUACUCCAUCCGCAGAAAUUUGCGGUCCAUGGCUGAACAAAGAGCUGCAACUAAUUCCUUCACUUUCUGCACAGUUACUGUCCAUUGGUUCUCGGCUGUCACCAGCUGCAGACCUUUGCAAAGCAGGAGCAUUUUCGAGGCUGUGACAUAGCUGAAGGAGAGAAAACAGCAACUUUUAGAAUUUAGUUUUUUAAAAGUAUGUGGCAUAUUAUACGUGAUGCAUUAUACUGUAUGUGUUGUGUUUGCAAUGUAUAAUAGUGACUGAAUAGUAGUAGAGAAAACAAUGCUUCAAUGGUUCUAGGUACCUGUCUGCACUUAUCUCCACAGUCACCUCCUGGAAUGGUUGCAGGACGGCGCAGACCUCUUUCACCAGCUCCCAUUCCUCUUGGCUUAAUGGCUCAAUAGAUGCGUUGAUGAGGGCCAGGGUGGAGAUGAUGGCAUCUUUUAUUUCAAGCAUUCGUUUCAACAUAUCAAAUGUUGAGUUCCACCUGGUGGCACACUCUUGUUUGGGCCUCAGUUCAGGAAUCCCCAUUUGGCGCUGUGUGGACUUUAGCUUCUGUGCUGCUACUGUGCUUUUGUGGAAAAACUCCACAACAGCCUUCACCUUAUCCACGGUUGUUUUGAUCACCUUCAGAGCAUCUCUAACCACCAGGUUUAGUGUAUGCGCCAGACAUGGGUGAUGGGUCCACUUCAAAACUUUUAUGGCUUUGGUGAUGUUUGCAGCAUUAUCACUCACACAGCACACCACUUUGUCCUCUACUUGCCACUCUUUUGCCACUCUUAGUAGCUCCACUGCCAAGUUUUCUGCAGUGUGUCUGUCGGUGAACUCGAAGCAGUCCAGAAGGCAAGAUGUCAUCUUGUAAUCUUCAAUAAAGUGGCAAGUGACAGACAUGAAAGAGCAGGUUGUUCUGGAGGUCCAGCAGUCAGUUGUCAGGCAAACUGAUGGAGCUUUUGUCACCCUUUCUUGCCAUAAUGCACGUUCUGUGUCAUAUAGUUUUGGGAUCAUUGUUUGGGAAAGUGUUUUUCUACUGGGUAGAGUGUAUGUGGGAUUUAGGGCUUUGACAAAGUUUUUCAUUCCUUUGUCCUCCACAAUGGAAAAGGGUUGAAAAUCAGAAGCUACCAUUUUAGCCAACUCAUCAUCAAUACUGUGCUGUUUGGCUGGGGUCAUCAGUUUAGGUAAAAACUGACUUAUUUUGCUUUGAGUUGCAGUAGGAGAGGUUAUACUUGCACGCAUGGGGAUGGCAGUAGACGUUACAGCAGCUGUUGUUCUGGUAUGAGACACACCAGGAUCAGUAGAUGGUGAGCUGGCUUGCCCUCUCUCCUCUAACUGCACUGUAGGAUGGACAGUUCUUGUAUGUCUAUGCAGGUUUGUGGUGGAACCUGCUCUUAUAGUGACCUUCGUUUUGCAGUGAAGGCACUCUGCUUUCUUGUUCCCAAUAUCUUUAAACUGCAGCCAGAUGCUGCUUCGCUUUCUAGUGUCACUCAUAGUUAAACGACACGACAAUGCAAGACGCACACACGCUCCUCAGUCCGCUCUGUCUCUCUCUUCACUUGCAGUGGAGUCAAGUGGUGUGUCUGCCCCGCCCCCUCUCUGUUUACACAUCCUUAAUUCUCACGUGAAUGCCGCAUGCUGGUCGCCAUGCUGGCCAAUCAUAACAGACCUCUGUGAAAGUGAAACCUAAGCAGCGAAUGGGCAAAAAACUGGGAGCCGGCUCUCACUCGAUGCGAGCCGGCUCUUCUGAUUCACUACAAAGAGCCGGCUCUCAGAGCCGAUGCUUGUGCGCAUGACCCAUCACUAGUAGUAGAUUGGCAAAUCAACACGUGUUGGAGUGGAUGGACCGUAGCUAGCUACAUUCUAAAUCAAUUAUUAUUAUUUUUAUUAGAGAUUUAAAGGAAGAAUUGUUCUAUACUGUGACAAUUUAGUUCGAAGACUUACCGUUUGACCGCAGUGCAGCAUUUAUUUUUGGUGAGUUGAAAAACAUGCUUUGUGAACAUAACUGUAGCCUAGACUGUUAAUUUGCUAGCUCAGUUGCCAUGUGAUGGAGUCCUCGGGCUAGCUGUCCUUGGAGUCAGCAUUUUGUAUAUUUCUUGCACGGUAAUCCGACGUAGGUUUGGGCGCGUGGUACAUCGAUUCGUGCACUGGCCUAGGAUUCAGUUUAGAUCGCUGGCCGGCUAGUGUGGCUCACAGCUAUUGUUAAUGGGAUAGGAUAGCUAGCUAACUAGCUAGUAAAGCUAACUGCUCAGUAACUAGCUAGCUAACGUUACUUUAUAUGUUGCAAGACCUCUAGGUAACUCGUGUUAAGUGGCGAUUUUAGCAUGUAAAUCUUGGUGGGGCAAACUCAAAUGUUUUAGAUGCAUGCCAGUAAGCCACUACACAACACACCACUAAACAAUACAUUAAUUGCACUAUAACGGUGACAAACGGUGCCCACAAACUAUUAGGGCCUACAUAAAGCUGUCCCAACAGCAGUCCCAAAACCUUACCACAGCUAGACAUGGCUAUUAGCAGAGCCUUGUCUGACAGCGAAACAGUUCAUUCAGCCUCCUUUACUGCCUUAAAAAAAAAAAACAUGGCUGACUUGCUUAAACAAAUGUAGUUUCUACAGACAAUUGAGAUGUACAACUAUGGCAUAAGGUGACGACGAGCAGAUGAGAGGCAAUCCAUAAUUACCACGAAUACAUCAAUGAGCGAGCUAGGACAGAUGUAGUCAAUAUAACUAUUUGUUCAGCACUUUUUUACAUUUUUACAUUUUUAGUCAUUUAGCAGACGCUCUUAUCCAGAGCGACUUACAGUUAGUGAAUAGAUAUUUAUUUUUUUAUACUGGCCCCCCGUGGGAAUCGAACCCACAACCCUGGCGUUGCAAACGCCAUGCUCUAUCAACUGAGCUACAUCCCUGCCGGCUAUUCCCUCCCCUACCCUGGACGACGCUGGGCCAAUUGUGCGCCGCCCCAUGAGUCUCCCGGUCGCGGCCGGGUUGACAGAGCCUGGAUUCGAACCAGGAUCUCUAGUGGCACAGUUAGCACUGCGAUGCAGUGCCUUAGACCACUGCGCCACUCAGGAGUACUUUUGAAAUGUACAGUGACAGAAUUCAGAACAUGGGCCGUUCUUACAGUAUUCUCCCUGUACACCAAAUCAGAACCGUAGGAUAAAUAAAGGGGGCAUAUAAGCAGACAAUGAAAGCUCUUACAAUAUUUGAUGAUUACAUUUCUCUAAAAUAGGCUAUAGGCUACAUGUGCACCACCAUGUCAGAACAGUAGGCUUAAUUAUGAGUGGAAAAGGGACCAAAUUGUUAGGGUGAGGCACAUGGGCUAUUAACCGCUUACUAAACAACAUACACUUAGUAUUACUUUCUUAGCUACAGUAUACAUUUCUCCCUGGCAUAUUACAUCAUUUAUGCAGCAGCAUACAAUACAUAUUUGGACUCACCUUGUUAUGCUGUGCUCACUUGAACAGGAAGGUGGCGCAGCGGUCCUUCAUGAGAAAUGUUGUCAUCAAAGAAAGAGAAAGAGGCCGGGUUUACAAUUCCGAGUUGGAUGACCGUUCAAAACGAAUUUUCCCAGUCGGAGCUCGUUUAUUCCCGACUUCCCAAUUGCAAUGCUUGUCACCACUGUCACCGAUUCCUUCCAAACCACUCAUUGUUGAAUUUGCGAUUUCCAACUUGUUGUGUAAUGUUUAUGUCCAAUGGCUGAUGAGCACCGAUACGUUUUAUCUAUAAUUUAUCUUAAUUAUUUAUCUUCAUAUGACAAGGAUUAAAAAGGAUUUGCCAGUAGAUUGUCGACUUGAUUCAUGAUGAUGACUGCUAGCUAAGAUUUUGAAAGUAAGAUGUUGACAUGAUCAGUCUACUGUACAUAUAACGUGAUUUGACUUCAUUUUAUCUGUGGCCAAUGACCUUCAGCCUUCUUGGAUGGGCACUUCUAAUGUAACUCUAUGGCAGAACCCAAGGGGCUUGAAUUUUCUUAAUCUACCCUUAGACUUCGGUGACAUAGUGUCCCCGGUGAGUGAGAACACUGAGCCAAUCACCCGUAUUUUCUGCUGGCUUGCCCCACCACCACCGAAAGCACUGAGCUGGGCUGAAACACCUGCAUUUUGGAGCUGCCUUACUCAAGAAACAAAAAAGAGACCCUGUUCGUAUGUGGCUUUAUUAACUCAACAAUUUUUUAGUUUUUUACAUAGUUUGCAAACUGAUAUGUGACACGCAUUAAUGGCAAAAUAACAUGCGAAACAGGCAAGCCUGUUUUUUUUUUUUGUUAAAUGUGGGGCUCAAUGAAUGACGGGUCGCCACUGCUUAUAUUACAACUGGUGUGAUGGCUAACUGCAACGUUUAUUAACGUUCAAAAUAGUUGUACAUUGUUGCAUUUACUUGGUUGUUGUAACCACUGAAGGUAGUUCGAUUUUUAAAGUACUGUGAUUCCUCAGAUGCAUGCGCCUUCUCUGCCGGGUACCGGAGUUUCUCAUACUGUACGGUCUUUGCAUGUACUGUACCACCGUGCGCAUGGUCAGUGAUAAAGCGGACAGAACGAUAGGAAUCAGGAAGACACCUCAAAACAGUAUGUACUUUUAAAACUCACCUCACUGUGAUUGAUCAAUCAACAACAGGUUGAAACUGAAUGGAUGUUGUUUCAAAGCCUAACAUAAUGAAAUGGGCAGCGCUUUCUAAGGUGAUGAUUAAUUCAAAAAACGCAUAUGCAUAUUAGAGCUUAUGCAUAAGCCUAUAUAUGAGCCCAAUCCUGAAAGAAAACCUGAAUUAAAAUAACGAUUGUGUGGUUAUACAAUACAUAUCCUAUGUAUAUUAUGCACUGCAGAAAAACAUAAAAAAUAAAAAAAACACAAACGAUUUAAUCUCUUUGGUACAUAAUUGGUAGCCUAAAUUAAACAAAUUCAGAAUUAGCCUACAAUUAUAGUGAAUUUGGUUUUGAAUAGCCUAGUAAUAAGGCAUUUUUUACAUUUUCAUAAUUAAUAGGCUGACAUUACCUUUAGCUACAGAAUAUCUCACCACCGUGCGUUUCCAUCUCUUCCGCUCUCUCCUUCAUUCCAACUUCAAGCGCGCAGAGAGAGGGCUGUCAACAGUUUAAUGAAAUAUGUUUUGUUGUAAAAACAUUUUACUAUCGAUGUUCCCGACAGAUUUCACUUGGUUUCCCAAAUCAAGCACUGGAUAGCUGCAGGAACAGGUUUGGAGAGCCCAUGGCAUACAGAGUUUGGGAGGAAUAUCACCUGUCGCGCAGCGAGAGGCUGCAUGCUCCUCAAACAGUGGUUGGUGUAUGGAGUGAAAUAACAGGAGUAACCUACCCCACGAACGAGGGAAAGUGGCCUCCAUUCGCUAUUCCAGUGCAUACGGAUGACAUGUCUUUUUUCUCCUGUCCAUUUAAUAAUAGGCCGUUCUAAAUCAAAUCAAAUUUUACAGAUUAGUAAAGGCAAGAUUAAAUUGAGAAUAGUCUGAUGGGUGAAAAUAUGAUCACUUGAAGAGAGAACAGCGUGUGCAGCCGGAGGCAAGAAACAGAUCGCAAGCUUUUUUUGUGACUUUCUCAAAUCAUCAAUAGCCUGUAGUCGCAUCAUGCAGCCCAUAUAUCUUUUAAUUUCUAAGGCAUUCUAAGGUUUGUGUCAUUCACAACUAAAGUUGCCAAAUAACUACAUCAAGUGUAUAGCACCUGUUUCAAAGGAUCACUUUUACACUCAACAUAGCCACUUCAUAUGUGCACUCGCUCCGGAAUGGGAAAAAUGUAUUUUCUAUUUUAUUCAGCUAAGUUCAAUUAUAUUCUUCUUACUAUAAAAUCAUAUAAUAUAAAUAAUGCCACGGGACUUAUAAACAUAUCUUGUCUGCUAAAUGAACAAGCCUUAUAUGCGGCAUACCGCAUAGCCAGAUAAGAGUAGGUCAACUGAAAUACAUUUUCUUCAUAGCAUAAUGUUUCUUUAGACCUGAAUAAAAUAAAUAAUGGAUUUAUUGUGAUGGUGUAUAUUCAAUUGAUUUAUUAGACUUUUUAAAUUGAGAUGUUCCAAAGGCGCGCAUCAGCGGCUUGUAUGCGUGGAGGCCUGGAGAUUCUAAACAUGUUUAUGUUAAUUAAUGGACUGUUACCGUGAGACCGGCAGUCUUUUGUGUGACAAUAACCGGCUGACAAAAUGUCAUGACCGCCAUAGCCUUCUCCUAUUCAGUGCAACAAUGAAAUACAUCCUGGUCACUGGUGGCGUCAUCUCUGGCAUCGGGAAGGGGAUCAUCGCAUCCAGCGUGGGAACCAUCCUCAAGUCAUGUGGUCUGCGCGUCACCGCCAUCAAGAUCGACCCAUACAUCAACAUAGACGCUGGGACCUUCUCUCCGUACGAGCACGGUGAGUCCAGGAAAUGUUCUGUAUCAUAGAAAUAGUGAAUUCUAUGAAAAUGUCAUUUUAUUUCUAUGUUCUGUAUCCCAUUAGUUUAUGAGAUCUGUGUUGUGUAUGCGGUGUAACUUUGUUCACAAAAUAUUUUUAUCUAAAACAUGAUCUACACCAGUGCUUCUCAACAGGAAGUCCAGGGUCAUGAAACAGAAAAAAAUGCUAACUAACUAAAAUAGGUUGAAAACUACACUGUCAAAGAUAUUAUAUGCCAUGAGGCCUCCCAAGUGCUAUUCUUGGUUUGUUAUGGAAUGACUGCUCAAGCACAGUAGUCAGAAUCAGAGAACGUUAUUGCCAUGCAAUAAAUGUUACUAGGAAUUAAUCUUGGUGUUGUGUGUGCACAGAAGUGUACAGCAACAUCAAUAAUCUAGAUCAACAUCAAUACAGAUGGAGACAUGAACAUCAAUAAAAAUAUGCAGAAUCAGGUGUUUUUUGUGUUGGCUAGGGUUUUAACCAUGCCACUACUUUUUUCAGGUGAUGGGUUUUAACCCUGUUCCUCUGGUCUCUCUCCAGGUGAGGGGUUUUAACCCUGUUCCUCUGGUCUCUCUCCAGGUGAGGGGUUUUAACCCUGUUCCUCUGGUCUCUCUCCAGGUGAGGUGUUUGUGCUGGACGAUGGGGGUGAGGUGGAUCUGGACCUGGGGAACUACGAGAGGUUCCUAGACAUCAGACUGACCAAAGACAACAACCUGACCACUGGCAAGAUCUACCAGUCUGUCAUCAACAAGGAGAGGAGAGGAGACUACCUGGGAAAGACCGUACAGGGUAAGACUCCCUAUAAGACAGUGUGGGAUAAGGGCUAGGAUGACUGGGGAGAAACGGUAUAAUCAGGGGUUAGAGGAAGAUCUACCGGUCUGUCAUCAACAGGAAGAGGAGACUACCUGGGAAAGACUGUACAGGGUCAAACCAAGUCAUGAUGGGUGAAAGACUGGGCAUAUGGGAGUUCAGAUCUUGGUUGAAUACUUGAGGUGAAUUUGAUUAAGCUUUUCUGGAAUGGCAGUUCUGACCUCCGUCCCAUAUCCUACGAAGAACCAAAGAGGAAGGAUAUGAGCUAUCAAAUGCUCUUGUGUAAUUUUCUCUGCAUCUCCAGACUAACUGUCCCUGUUUGGUGUGUCCUUUGCAGUGGUGCCACACAUCACUGAUGCCAUCCAGGAGUGGGUGAUGCGUCAGGCCAUAGUACCUGUUGACGAUGACGGUGUGGAGCCUCAGAUCUGUGUCAUCGAGGUAAGAGAUUAUCGUUAUGGUAAACUGGUAGAUCAAUGACUUCCAGAGACCCUUUCUUGGUUUUUAUAUUAGUGUGACAUAUGUACUUGAGGAGUCAUUUCAGGCUGGGUUGUUACUAGUUGUAUUCCUGUGCAAUUGUGUUUACCGGUAUGUCUGUUUAUGUGUGCAGCUAGGGGGCACUGUGGGAGACAUCGAGAGCAUGCCUUUCAUCGAAGCCUUCCGGCAGUUCCAGUUCAAGGUGAAGAGAGAGAACUUCUGUAACAUCCACGUCAGCCUGGUACCACAGCCCAGUGCCACAGGAGAGCAGAAGACCAAGCCCACUCAGAACAGUGUCAGAGAGCUCAGAGGACUGGGCCUGUCUCCUGAUCUGGUGAGUUUAAAUUUGACCAAGUUUCUACCAUCUCUUAAGCGUGGCAAGGUAUGACAGUCAUAAACACUUUUCUGUCCAUUUAUAGAUUAAGUGCAAGGAUUGCCUGUUAGCUGUUUGUGUUCUCAAUUCCCCCCAGAUCAUGUGUCGCUGCUCCACUCCCCUGGAUAACUCCGUCAAAGAGAAGAUCUCAAUGUUCUGUCAUGUAGAACCUGAACAGGUAAGACCUGAUCCUACAGUCACACACUAGGAUGGAACACGACACUGGCUCAAUAAGUCUUCCCAGUGAUUCCUCACAUCCUAUCUCCUUGCCUCCUUCCCAACCGUAUUGGAGGAGAAUAUCCAAGGUUCCUCCCCAUUUACUUUUUCAUCUGUGUUUUUGAGAAGGAUGCGAGGAGAGAAGAUGCAAAGAAAGGUGAAUGGAGAGAGAUCCAGUGAAACCUCUAGUUGUGCCUGAGUGUAUGCUCUUUUCUCUCCUCCCCCAGGUGAUCUGCGUGGCAGACGUGUCGUCAAUCUACAGAGUGCCUCUGCUACUGGAGGACCAGGGGGUGGUGGGCUACUUCUGUCAGAGACUAGACCUUCCUAUAGAGACACGCCCCAGGAAGAUGCUUACCAAGUGGAAGGAGAUGUCUGACAGGUGGGUGAGUGUGUCUGACAGGUGUGCUGGCAAGGCGGUCUCUGGGGCUGGUAGCACUCAAUUAUUUAGACCAGGGCCCGGUUUCCCCAAAAGCAUUUUAAGGCUAAGUUCAUCAUUAGAACCAUUGUGGUUCUCAUCCACGUACUCAGCAUCUCCGUAAAGUCUUCCUGCAAUGAAACGACUAUAAGCACAGAGCAGGUAUGUGGUGUGAUUAUGACACUGUGGUCUCUUACUUAGUAUACUGUUGGUGGUCUUGAAAACUCAGCCUUAAGAUGCUUUUGGGAAACCGGGCCCAGGGCUGUUCAAUGUCAGUCAUUCUAAUAAGGGACUAAUUCAGAUCUGAGACACCAGGUGAGUGCAAUUAACUACCAGGUAGAAACAAAAAACAGAUGUUUCGACCCUCCAGGACCGGAAUAGAACAGCCCUGAUUUAGACCCACCAUGUUUGAGUUUGACCCCUGGAUAAAGAACUACAUGUCUGGGUGAGAAAACUACAGAGAUACUAUAUGUAAUGAUGCUGUUUGGGUGCUGUGCCUAUUCACCUGUUCUAUUGCAGCACUAUGGAGUGACCUGUAUUCAGAUUAUUUGUGCUUUCAAGACAGCUGGGAACUCAAAGAAAGAAACUCGGUCUCAACCGAGUGGCGCAGUGGUCUAAGGCACUGCAUCGCUAGCUGUGCCACUAGAGAUCCUGGUUCGAAUCCAGGCUCUGUCAUAGCCGGCCGCGACCGGGAGACCCAUGGGGCGGCGCACAAUUGGCCCAGCGUCAUCCAGGGUAGGGGAGGGAAUGGCCGGCCGGGAUGUAGCUCAGUUGGUAGAGCAUGGCGUUUGCAACGCCAGGGUUGUGGGUUCGUUUCCCACGGGGGGCCAGUAUGAUUUUAUUUUUUUAUAAUAAUGUAUGCACUCACUAACUGUAAGUCGCUCUGGAUAAGAGUGUCUGCUAAAUGACUAAAAUGUAAAUGUAAAAGGUCAAAUCAUGACGUCAGUGAACUUUAGGUCGAAAGUCGGAGCCCUAGAAAGAUGCUAGAGUUUCUGACUUGGAAUUCCGAGUUGGAUGACCGUUCAAAACAAUUUUUCCCAGCCGGAGCUAGUCCCCCCCCCCCCCCCCCCGAGUUCCCUGUAGUCUUGAACACACUGAAGUUGGAGAUUUCCGAGUUCUGAGUUGUUUUGAACGUGGCAUUUAACCUUGCCAAUGGUGUGUGUUUGAAUCCCAGGUCAGACAGGCUCCUAGAGCAGUGUUCUAUAGCCCUGGUGGGGAAAUACACCAAGUUCACAGACUCCUACGCGUCAGUCAUCAAAGCUCUAGAACACUCGGCCUUAGCCAUCAGCCACAAACUGGAGAUCAAGGUAAACACACACACAGAGCCAGGCUAAAACACAUGUACAAACGACACACUUGGAAAGGCACUACGGGCCGGUUUUCUGGACAUAUAAUAAGACUAGUCCUGGACUAAGAAACACUUUUAAUGUAGAAAACGCAUUCUAGUCCAGGAUUACGCUUUAUCUGUGUCUGGGGAAACCAGCCCUAGAACCACAAGCACCUUGAAGAUACACUGCCAUGCACAGGUUUUCUAUUGAGUUUCUUACACAGCAAGGCUAAAUUAUACUGUUCCUUGGAUGACCUCAUGAAUAGGUUUUAUUUUGAAAAUAGAAGAUGCUGCUAUACAAUGUGAUUGCAUGUUGAAAUCUAUUUGUUUGUGCAGUCGUCAUAACUAGGAUAAGAUACGUCCUAUCAUGUGUCUUGAGACACCUAAAAUAGCAACCCCUUCUCACUUCUCCCCCUUCUCUCCCUCUCCCCACAAUUUCUCUCUUUCUCAGUAUAUUGACUCAGCAGACCUGGAGCCAAACGCACUGAAGGAGGAGCCUGUGAAGUACCACGAGGCGUGGCAAAAACUCUGCAGUGCUGAGUGAGUAUGGUCGGGUCCAGGCACCUGCUAUGGCAUUGUUUUCCAAUCCGCUUCUUGUACCCCCAGCCAGUUCUAAUUAUUUUAUCUAUGGUAGUCCAGUACCAGCACACCUGAUUUAUCCAGUUGAAUCAGGUAUGCUUAAAUUUAAAUACAUCAAGUAAGUAGAAGUGGCUGGGGACAAGAAGAGUUUUGUGAAACACUGAGUUAUAGCAUCACAGGUGGUCAGUUGGACUCUGUUGUACUGGUAGUGAAGGGGGACAGUAUAGUGAAUCUAUAUGUUCAUUAUGGUGUUUCCCUCCACAGUGGUAUCCUGGUACCUGGAGGGUUUGGAGUCAGAGGGACAGAAGGGAAGAUUCAGGCUAUCAACUGGGCACGCAAACAGAAGAAACCCUUCCUAGGUACAAAAUGGGAUGUAUCGGUGGCAGGCAGUCAUGAUGUUGGAACAUUGCUGCAGGGACUUGCUUCCAUUCAACCACGAGCAUUAGUGAGAUCAGGCACUGAUGUUGGGCGAUUAGGCCUGGCUCGCAGUCGGCGUUCCAAUUCAUCCCAAAGGUUUCGAUGGGGUUGAGGUCAGGGCUCUUUGCAGGCCAGUCAAGUUAUUCCAUACCGAUCUCGACAAACCAUUUCUGUAUGGACCUCACUUUGUGCAUGGGGGCAUUGUCAUGCUGAAACAGGAAAGGGCCUUCCCUAAACUGUUGCCACAAAGUUGGAAGCACAGAAUCGUCUAGAAUGUAAUUGUAUGCUGUACCGUUAAGAUUUCCCUUCACUGGAACUAAGGGGCCUAGCAGCCCGAACCAUGAAAAACAGCCCCAGACCAUUAUUCCUCCUCCACCAAACUUUACAGUUGGCACUAUGCAUUGGGGCAGGUAGUGUUCUCCUGGCAUCCGCCAAACCCAGAUUCGUUCAUCGGACUGCCAGAUGGUGAAGCGUGAUUCUUCAUUCCAGAGAACGCAUUUCCACUGCUCCAGAGUCCAAUGGCGGCAAGCUUUACACCACUCCUGCCGACACUUGGCAUUGCGCAUGAUGAUCUUGUGUGCGGCUGCUUGGCCAUGGAAACCCAUUUCAAGAAGCUCCCAACGAACAGUUAUUGUGCUGAUGUUGCUUCCAGAGGCAGUUUGGAACUCGGUAGUGAGUGUUGCAACCGAGGACAGACGAUUUCUACGCGCUACGGGCUUCAGCCCUCGGCGGCCCUGUUCUGUGAGCUUGUGUGGCCUACCACUUCGCGGCUGAGCCGUUGUUGCUCCUAGACAUUUCCAAUUCACAAUAACAGCACUUACAGUUGAUCGGGGCAGCUCUAGCAGGGCAGAAAUUUGACGAACUGACUUGUUGGAAAGGUGGCAUCCUAUGACGGUGCCAUGUUGAAUGUCACUGAGCUCUUCAGUAAGGCCAUUCUACUGCCAAUGUUUGUCUAUGGAGAUUGCAUGGCUGUGUGCUCGAUUUUAUACACCUGUCAGCAACGGAUGUGGCUGAAAUAGCCCAAUCUACUCAUUUGAAGUGUCCACAUGUAUGUGCAGUGUUAACCUGACUGGUAUGUGUUUGCAGGUGUGUGUCUAGGGAUGCAGCUGGCUGUGUGUGAGUUUGCCAGGAACGUGCUAGGAUGGGAAGAUGCCAACUCAACAGAGUUUGAUCCCGAAUCAAAGCAUCCUGUUGUAGGUUCCCCUUUCAUAAGAUCUCUCCUCCCCUUUACUGGUCGUAAAGGCCAACAAACAGAAAUAUGUUCCUUUAUUGGUUCGUUCUAGGUGAUUGACAUGCCAGAACACAAUCCUGGGCAAAUGGGCGGGACCAUGAGGCUGGGAAAGAGACGGACCAUUUUCAAGACCACCAACAGUAUACUAAGUAAGAGACCAAACUUUGAGAGUAAAGUCACUGUGUCAUAAUCACACCACAUACCUGCUCUGUGCUUAUAGUCGUUUCAUUGCAGGAAGACUUUACGGAGAUGCUGAGUACGUGGAUGAGAGACACCGACAUCGCUUUGAGGUUUGUCAGAUGUUCACUUUCUCUCUCUGUAUAUCCCCUCUCUACAUGUCACUAGUGUGUGUGUGGGGUUCAGUGUGCUUAACUUGUUUCCUGUCUCAGGUGAACCCAGAGUUGAAGGAGCACUUUGAGGGGAAAGGCUUUCACUUUGUGGGUCAAGACGUAGAAGGAGAAAGAAUGGAAGUCAUCGAGCUAGACGGUAAGAGCGAGAGAGUCAGGGAUCAUGUGUAUGGGCGGACAAAAGAUUAGCUCUACGUGGUUGUUGGUCAGGUUUGCUCAUGCCUUUUUACCCACACCUCACAGUAACUACAGCUCUUAACCACCGUCUCCUUUUCUGCUGUAUUUCCAGAUCAUCCGUAUUUCGUAGGGGUGCAGUAUCAUCCUGAGUUCACCUCUCGCCCCAUCAAACCAUCGCCUCCCUACUUUGGCCUCCUGCUGGCGUCAGCCGGGAAACUACAGAGCUACCUACAAAAGGGCUGCCGUCUGUCUCCACGGUAACCACAGAACAUUCCCUUAGAAUCAGUAUGAUUCCAUACAAGUAUAAAUGAGUCGAAAGCCUGUGUUAAAUUGACCAGAAGCGAUGUAGAAAGACUGCAGCCAUGCUGGCAAUGAAUGGACAGCCGUAGUUACAAGAACUGCCUCCAUUUAAUAUUGUGCCGUGGAACUUAGACAUUUAUAGCAACAGUAUGCCGUUCUAAUACAUAAUAUUGUGUUGGUGUAAGUACAUGAAUCCCAUUUCUCUCCGUAGGGACACGUACAGUGAUCGGAGCGGCAGCAGCACCCCAGACUUCGAAAUAGCUGAGCCCUCCAUCUCACAGGAAUGAAUGUGACUGCGGAACACAAGGUAGGCCACGACACUACAAACACCCUGCAAUCAGGCACCAUUUUAUUCUUAGACAUGUUUUUUUCUAGCCUGGAAUCCAAACUGGUUGUGAAAUGGAGCAUAUCAGUACGGUUUCAGGCUACUCAACUUAAUCAAGGCUAUAUUGGGCUGGAACCAUGUAGCUAGUUACUACCAUCUUUGUUGGAACCAUUUAUCUGCCCACACAAACUUUUCCUUUCUUGCAGGGGGAAAGAAACAAUGAAGAGCUGAAACUGAAACAUUUUUUGAUGUUUUAAUGGAGGAUCAUCAUAAGACAAGGGAUGAAUUGGCUUUUUUGUUGUUGAAGACAUUGUUUUUCCUGACCUCCCUGAACUGAAAGGGAUUGUUAGUAUUUUUUUAUAUGCUC